AUUCAGCUUAACAUUUGUAAGAUAAAACACACAUAUGUGAAAUUGAUAACGAAAUGUUAUACUGUCAUGGUUAUUGAAACCUUCAUAGUGAUCUUUGUGAUAAUGUUAGUGCAUAGGAUACAUUCAGGUGCUGAAGCCCAGGUUAUCACGUUAUCUCCGAGCUCUCCCACCGUGACACAGUACAGUCCUCUGACACUGACCUGUGAAGCACUAAGCACAAACACAGAAUAUGUAAUAUGGAAUAGGCGCGAAAGAAGUAAUUCUGCUUUCGUUGUCGGAACGAUCUACAUAACUGGUGACAACAACUGUUCUCCUCCAAUUGUUGAGUUUGCACCAAACUCCACACUAUACAACUACGCCUGUCCUGCUACAAACAGACUCACGCUUACAAUUAGGAACGUGUCAAGGACGGAGAACGGGGACAGAUGGAGUUGCCAAGUUCAAGUCGACGGAACACAAGCAAACAGCCUGGAAGUAGCAAUUACAGUGCAAGUUGGCAUUACUGAUGUGACUUUAUCUCCUGGAACCGACCCUAUCAACGUGAUAGUCAAAACCAAAACGACUUUGCAGUGCCGAACAUCGGGUGGGUUACCUGCUGCCUCGGUCAAAUGGUUCAUCCAAAGGUCAGGCCAGGUGCAGGACGUAACUUCGCUCUCGACAAACACGUACAAAGAGGAGGAAAACCUCAACGUGACUCGGAGCACACUUAACUACACACCUGUAAAAGCUGACCAGAGUGGCCAGAUAUACUGUUCAGCAAACAAUGUGGGAGUUGUGAAGAAUUCUGCAAAGCAAUCCAUGAAUGUAUUAUAUGGACCUGACCGACCGCUGUGUAAAACAAACAACUUCAACAUUACGUCAGUAUUGAAGGUUAUUAUUGGUACCAUGUUCACCAUCUCCUGCACAGUUGACAGUAAUCCAGCGCCAUAUUCGUACCAGUGGUCACCUUCCGUAGGGAGCAGUCAACAGUUAGGCUUCACAAACAUACAGAGGAUACAGGCCGGAGAGUACACACUUCAGGUUUCGAACAGAAUGACUGUCACUGGUAGUAGCAGUAAAGUGAAUGGCAGUAACACGACGUCUUUUACAGUGGAUGUUUUGUUUCCCCCUGCGGUGCCAACAAUACAGAUGGACGGUAAAGAGGUCACAGGUACGGUCAUGGUCAUCGAAGGUAACCACAAGGCUUUCAACUGCAGCACCGAAAGUAACCCGCUCAGUAACUUUAGCUGGACGUACCCACGAGGCUCUAAUUCUAAUAACAUCUUGCGAGUGAACAACUUCCAGUCAGGGUCCUACGACGGCGAUUACACGUGCCAAGUUCAGAACCGAAUGGAACCAUCGUUUGGCAAUUCAAAGGAGAAUGUAUCCAGGGCAACUGUAUCAAUCGAUGUUUUGUAUGGCCCAAAAAUUGGGAAUCUGCAAAACAUCAGAAGAGUCCGCGGGGAAAGUCUUGUUUACAAGUGUUUGUACACACCGGGCAAUCCUCCAAUUGUUGACUUUGAGUGGACGAGGUCCGGAACAGGCAUUUCUUGGGCCAAACAAAUUACACAGAACUUGACCAUUCCAAACCUGCAGCGUCUUGACGAGGCCAGGUACACGUGCAAGGUGUCAAGCCUUCUCCGGCCAACGUUGACAUCAGCGACGACCACACGAUAUGAUACUGCAACAUUUUAUCUUGAUAUUCUUUAUGGGGCGGAAAAUUUGGUUUUACUAUUCAACAACGUUUCCCACGCAUCUGUAGAAAUUGAUGAACAUUCAUCAAACCAUAUGCGAUGUUUGCUAGAAAGUGAUCCCGGUUCGGAUAUGACCCUUACAAAAGAUGGUAAAACGAUAAUUACAAGAUCUGGAGUAAAUCAACUUACACAUGGAAUACAGGCUGAAUGUUCGGACGCUGGAGUGUAUACAUGUUCUGGAUACAACCAGUAUGGAGCGGCGGAUAACGCGUCAGUUCAGCUAUUUGUAAAAUGUUCCACCAGACCGCCACCUGGAGUUGAAGUACAGCUUAAAGUCACUGCCCGCCUACAUGGAAACUCAACUCUAGUCUAUGAAAUAGUCGCGUAUCCUGUGCCCAAGCCUUCACUAUUUGUUUGGAUGCGGUGUACAAAUCGCAGUUCUUGUGAAAUUUUGCGGGAUGAAAUAAACAAGUUUGAAAUUAACACAGAAGGUCUUUUAAGUACACUAACGGUACUGAACGUUCAGAUGGAAGAUUACAGAAUGUACCAAUUUUCGGUGUCUAACGGAGUUGGAGAUACUCUAGUUGAAUGGUUUCAUCUUAGACCCAUCGCUAAACCUGAUUCACCAACGGACUUCCAUGUCAUUGAAGAUACAAUAAGGGAGACAUUUGCUGUUUUGACCUGGAUCCCGGGUUUCAACAAUGGCGCUCCUCAAAAAUUUCACAUUUCCUAUUGGAAACUGGUCGAUGGCACCGGUUUUAUAACACAAACUGUAAAACAAGACUAUAAAACAGUGAUGUAUUACACAGUUGAAUAUUUAGAACCCGGAACCGAGUACAUUGUUUCUCUCUUUGCGGCAAAUGGAGAAGGCUCUACUGCAUCGGUGAACGCUACUUUUCAAACACUUGAUCGUAUUUCCGUUGAUACAAAGCAGAGUCAUUAUGCUGUACCUGUCAUCGGAGGGGCGACUGGCGGUAGUAUUGGAGCGAUCGUUGGCAUAGCUGUCUUCGUUGUCCUUCUCAGACGGAAUUACACAAUAAAUUGCAAGAUUUCAAGAAAAAGAGAUGAUCAUGCUGAGCCUUGCAUUGCAGACGAUCUCGGAUGCAAUCAAGCCCAAACCGACGUGGCCAUGUCCAUGACAACGGAUACAAGAGUUUACGAUGCGCUAAAUACUGUAGGCAACGGACCUGAUAAUACGCGCGUGUAUUCGUCGAUUGAAGAGUCAAAAUCAAAUACUCAGAUAUACUACGAGAAUGUAAAAAAAGAGAAUCCCGUCUUCAAGAACAACGAGGUGAAUUCACCGGUUCAGACAGAGCUUUAAGAAAUACAACCAAAGUCUAAACUAUUCGACUUUACAUUAUUAUUUGAUGGAUAUUACGAACUGCUUCUAGUGACUUUAGUUAAAAACGAUCAGGAAAGUGACAUAAAAAGCAUAAAAUAAUUAUUGUAUCCAUCCCAUAAUUAAAUAACAAGUUCUUUGAUGUGAUAUUUAAUUACACAUAACGAUUUAAUGUACUGUUGUUGUUUUUUUCAAAUUAUGCAGUUAUACAUUGUGCUUUGUCGGUAUACCUUUCUGGCUUAUUGUAUUUUGUGGUUCUUGUUUGUGACGUCUGGUAUGCAGCCUUAUGUAAAAAAGAAGGAAAAUAAUGGAGCAAGAAUGAGGUUGAGCGCUCACUAACUGGUUUAAAACUCACAUAAACUCUUGUUCAAGGAUCGACAUAGGGCGGUACCUGAACGUUUGCUAGUACGCAAAUAUAUAUGCAUGUUUUUUAAUAUGUCUGAAUAAUUUUGUUCAUAAUGGUUAGCUUUGACCGUGUGUUUUCAACAAUUUCCUGUAUUUGUUUGUUAUUUUUCUAUAAGACUUAUCCCUGCAUUUUUAGUUGUUUUGAUUUUUUAUAUAAGUAAUAGACAAACCAAAAAUAUUUGUUUUUUUAUUAACGGUUACUACCAUAAAGCAUUCACACUUGCAUAUGGUCAAACCUAAAUAUUUAAAUCAUUUGCGUAGUGCAAAGGAGCGCUAUCGAGAGUACAUUCUUAACAUGGAAGACAAACGAAACAAGCUGAUUGAACCAACAGCUAUGCACAGCUGCAAAAGUAAAGCUAAAAGUAAAAAAAAAAAUCAAUGACUGCUUUGCGCUUCUACAUGUUUUUAUAAUCUAAUUUGGAUAUUAUAUGCAGUUUAAGAACAAGUCAAUUGUUGUAAUAUAUAUAUGGUUAUGCUUAAUUAACGAAUGAUAGUGGUACUCAGUUCGAAAUGAUUUAUAAUGUUUAUGCUGAUUUGCUAUUGCGUUUACAUUUCAAUUUGUAAAACAGUAUAAUAUUAGAAAAAAUGUUUUCUUCUCUUAUCUUUAGGUUUCAAAUAUUGUUAAAUCAAUUUUAACGUCUGUACAUAAUUUGAAGAAAAAAUAUAUACUUACUUUUGCAUUUGAACAAUUACUAUUCAAUAAAUAAUCGCUGAAGUGAAAGCUAUAGUAACAUAAUAUAGUCGGAAAUUAUCAAUGCAAUGUUGUCAACUUUCCCCCUAGAUACUGAAUUUGUGUUCUUAUGAUAAGCCUGCAUUGUCAACUAGCCUUUAGGAUUAAUUUUAGGUAUGUUUGGAUCUCUCAGGAUGUUGGGGAUGUAAAAUGUUUGUAUAUAUUUCCAAGUAGCAUAUUACUGAUUGCAUGACGUAGAACUGGCACAACGAUAUAGGCAUAUCCUCCUGUUGUGACACUAACAAUUAUCUUUAACCGCGUUUAGUUCAACCGAAAUAUUCAAUAAAUAUAUCAAUUAAUUGUGACCGUAGACACAUAUUGAUCAAAGGACCCUUCUUCAAAGAUAGGACGAACACUAGUACGUUUUAAAUGUUCAAAUCAUAAAUAAAUAAAAUACUGAAUUGGGCAAAAAUCAUAAUGUGUAUCGCAAUGACUGAAUUUGUUUGAGUUGUUUCAAAAUUCACAAGUUAUUGAAAUGAGCGUAUUUCCAUACCAGUUCCCCCUUAAAGUGGAAAUAAACCAUAUCUUAAAAUGGUACAAUAGUUAGAGAAUUCAAACGUUUAAUAAUCUUGUUGUAAUAAUAAAUUCUUU